UAAAAGAUUUGAGUAAAAUAUUCCUCCCAUGGUCCAAAACCAUUGAACCAUUCCGUCUCUUCCACAUAAUACAGAACAACCACCAGAAACCGAUGUGACAUGUCGUUGGAAGAAAAAAAACACCAUAUCAAUAAUCAAGAAGGCCAAAGGUUGUUCUAUAUUCCUGAAAUGGGACUAAAAGAGCAACAGAAUUGUCCAAGUCAAAGGAAGAUCGCUGUUUUUAUAGUCUUAGCCUUUAUACCAUUUGCUCUGUUUCAUCUCUGUUUUAAUAACCCAUUCUCAGCCAUUGAUGACACCACUCUCCAAGACUCUACAGCACACGUUGUGCUCACUAACUACUCUUCAUCUUCUUCUCAAGAAGAAGAAUCUCAAGAAGAAGCUUUAUGCGAUUAUACGAAAGGUAAAUGGGUAAGAGACGAGAUGGGUCCACUCUACAACGGCUCUAGCUGCGGAACAAUCAAAGAUGGUCAGAACUGCUUACGUCAUGGAAGACCAGAUUCCGGUUAUCUUUAUUGGAAAUGGAAACCGAACCAAUGCGAUAUACCGAGAUUCGACGCUAACCGGUUUCUUGAUCUUAUGAGAGACAAACAUCUAGCUUUCGUCGGCGACUCCAUGGCUAGAAACCAGCUCGAGUCUCUCAUCUGUUUGCUCUCUACCGUCUCUAGCCCUGAUCUCGUUUACAGAAACGGAGAAGACAAUAAGUUCAGAACGUGGCGGUUCGAAUCCCACAAUUUCACGGUCUCGGUUUACUGGUCCCCGUUUCUUGUGGCCGGUUUAGAGAAAUCCGGAACGUUGGACCACAACGUAUUGCACCUAGACCGUGUGGAUGAGAGAUGGGGCAAUGAUUUAGAACGUUUUGAUACGGUCGUUGUCUCCGUGGGACACUGGUUUCUACAUCCCGCGGUUUAUUACGAGUCCGGUUCGGUUUUGGGAUGUCAUUCUUGCGAAGCAAGCAACUGUACCGAGAUAGGGUUUUUCGAUGUGUUUAGAAAAGCAAUAAGAACGACGUUGAAAGCGGUUGCUGGAAGUCGCCGGAACGUGAUCUUGACGACGUUUUCGCCGUCUCACUUCGAAGGCCGGCCUUGGGAUAGUCUCGGCGCGUGUAACAUGACGGAGCCGUACGAGGAGGGGAAGGUUCUAGAAGGUUUGGACUUGGAGAUGCGACGGAUAGAGAUGGAGGAAGUUAAGGCGGCGAAAGCUGUGGCGGAGGGGAGGUUAGAGGCGUUAGAUGUGACGGCCAUCUCGGUGUUGAGACCAGACGGACAUCCUGGUCCGUACAUGUAUGAAUUCCCGUUCAAGAACGGUGUGCCUGAGAGGGUUCAUAAUGAUUGUUUGCAUUGGUGCUUGCCUGGUCCGGUAGACACGUGGAAUGAGAUUAUGAUAGAGAUGUUGCGGCGAUGGAGGGUGUGAAUAUGAUGAAGGAUGAUUGUGGGAGUGAUCCUAUGAUAUCAUUAUGCAUUGCAUAUGGCCAAAGGUGUAAUCAUUUGUUUCUUUGAGAUGUAAGUAGUUUCUUUUCUUGCAUUAGAUUUAAAAAACAUGUGGGUGAUAUUUUUUUGGUCGUUGUUAUUCUUAAGCGAUGGAGGAGUACGAAAGAUAGUUGGAUUUACGUUUUGAUCAAUAAACAGAUUCUUUUCUUU